AUGGAAUCACGUUAUAUUGAUAUCAACUGUCUUGUUUUUGACAUGCCUUAUAGUGAUGCAUUUUCCAUUAAAAUUGGUUGUAGUGAUAUGAUCAGAAUCUACAAUGGGUACAGUAUUUGUGCAGACUCACUUAUUUUAUUGAAAGUCAAUAAACCACUUGGUAGAACAAACGAUAAACUGAUAUUUAAUUGUUUUGAGGAAGAAAAAUUAGUUGCAAUUGUAAAAAUUAGGGAUUAUGAAUGGCUGGACACUAGGAAAUAUCUCCAAGUGAUUAUUAAACUACCUGAAAUUGUUCGACUAACAACAAUAACUCUCAAUUGCCUUGUUAUUCCGAGUGGCUCACCUGAAAAUCUCUCAGUACAUGAUGUUAUUUCACUCCAGACUUCUUACGAUGAAACAGUUGAUAAAUUAAGGUUAAUGAUUAGGGAGCGGUGGGCACCUGUAUUUGAAAAUAUUCUUCCUACCAAUUUUAUUCUUCAUCAUAUCGAUAGAAGUACAUCUACGACGAUCAAAAAUCAAAUCGAUUUUUAUAAAUUAGGACGUGGGGAAUAUGGUGAUAAUAGUACAGAAUUAUCUCCAGGUAAAUUAAUUUAUAAAUAUUUCCGCAUCCAGCCUUUUAGUGAAAAAAUUCAUAUUAUUGUAAAAUUGGGUACCCAGACAUCUUAA